UUUUCUUCUCAACUUGGCCAAGGAAAAUCUUCUUCAAGGAUCAAGAAACCCAACACAAAACGAGCAUCAACACAACUCAAGGAGGAGAGAAAUUCAAGACAAGAAAAUCUCGACAGCAAAUGGAACAAUUCAAAGGGCCAGGCCAUUCCUCCAUUGCAACCGGUCGAUCCAGUUUCCCCAAGGACUUCCUUUGGGGUACCGCCUCUUCGUCCUACCAGUAUGAAGGAGCGGUCAACGAGGACAAGAGGGGAGCCAGCAUGUGGGAUCACUUCUCCAACAGGUUUCCUUACAGAACCGCCAACAGUGAUGGCAAAGAAGCCGUCGACUUCUACCAUCGCUACAAGGAAGAUAUCAAAAGGAUGAAAGAGAUAAACAUGGAUUCGUUUAGGCUCUCCAUCGCUUGGCCCCGAGUCAUUCCCUACGGAAAAAUCGAGAGAGGAGUCAGCGAAGAAGGGAUCAAGUUCUACAAUGAUGUUAUCGACGAACUCUUGGCAAACGAGAUCACACCUCUUGUCACUCUCUUCCACUGGGACAUCCCUCAGGACCUUGAAGAUGAAUAUGGCGGCUUCCUAAGCGAGCAGAUUCUGGACGAUUUCCGCGACUAUGCGAUCCUUUGCUUUGAGAGAUUCGGAGAUAGGGUCAAGUACUGGUGCACGUUGAACGAGCCAUGGGUUUACAGUAUAGCGGGAUAUGAUACCGGGAGGAAAGCACCGGGACGGUGCUCUAAGUACGUGAAUCCAGCGAGUCUGGUCGGAAGGUCGGGCUAUGAGGCUUAUAUAGUGAGCCAUAACUUGCUCCUUGCCCACGCCGAAGCAGUGGAGGUUUUCAGGAAGGCGCCUAAUCAGUGCAAAGGGGGAAUGAUCGGGAUCGCGCAUAAUCCGCUUUGGUACGAACCUUUCGACCCAAGCAAUCCAGACGACGUCGAGGGCUGUGUCAGAGCCAUGGAUUUCAUGUUUGGCUGGCAUCAGCAUCCGACAGCAUACGGAGACUAUCCAGAAAGCAUGAAGAGGUUGGUCGGGGACAGGCUGCCGUCAUUCACACCAAAGCAGUCGGAGAAGCUGAAGGGAUCUUGCGAUUAUGUCGGGAUAAACUAUUACAGCUCCCUCUACGCCAAAAGCAUCAAAGACGAAGACAUCGACCCAACGCAACCCACUUGGAGAACCGAUCAACACGUCGAUUGGAUGAAAACUAACGUAGAUGGCAAAGUCAUCGCCAAACAGGGAGGAUCAGAGUGGAGUUUCACUUACCCGUUGGGUCUGAGGAACGUGCUGAAGUAUAUUAAAGAGGCAUACGAUAAUCCAAAGAUCAUCAUCACUGAGAAUGGGUACGGUGAAUCAGCGGAUCAGGCUACAUCUUUGUACAACCCUUCUAUCGAUAUGGAUAGGUUAGAAUACAUCGAGGGGCAUAUACACGCCAUGCAUCAAUCCAUAUACGAAGAUGGAGUUCAGUUAAUAGGAUACUACAUAUGGUCAUUGCUCGACAACUUCGAGUGGAACAGCGGAUACGGUGUGAGAUACGGUCUGUACUACAUAGAUUACAAAGACGGACUGAAGAGGUACCCGAAAAUGUCGGCUCUGUGGCUGAGGGAGUUCCUGAAGAUUAACAGAGACGAGGAGGAGACGGGGAAGAAAGACAAGAAAGAGAGCUUGGCCCAUCAGAUCAUGCAUUCCAUCAAAGACAAUCAGAUCGUUCAUUCUCUCACGGACAAGGGAACGCUGCCCGCCGUUUUGGGAAGCCUCUUUGUCGUGUCCGCAACCGUUGGCACCACUCUCUUCUUCAAGGGCUCCAACCAUUAAAAACAAAAUAAUUCAAGUAUUUAUUUAUAAUUUUUUGUUGUUUUUUUUUAUUAUUGAAAUGUUGAUGUAUGCAUACGUUUGUGUGCUGAGACCACCACGGCAGUGUUAUUGGAACCUUUUUUUUUAUUUUAUUUUGGUGCGUGUGCAAUGAUU